UCUGGUGCAACAGUCGGUCCCCCAUGGCUGCCGAGAGGUGCCUCAGGAGGAGGAGAAGGAAGACUUGAUGGUGGAAGAAAGGGAAGAGUGGUGGUGGUGGUGCUGAAGGAUGAGGUUGAGGACUUCCUGGGUGUGGAGGCGGGUGAUGAGAUGGACCGCCUGGUGGAGACAGUGGCCGAGGAUGAGGAUAACGUGCUCAGUGGUAAGUACCUGCAUGGCCUGGGGCAGAAGGCGAGGCUGUCCCUGGUGGAUGUGCUGGAGGCCCCUCGGGGCUUCUGGGGUAGCUUCACCGGCACCGGGGCAGCCACCUUUGAGGAGACGGUGCAGCUGGGUGCCUGGCGCAUGGCUGGCAUUGGCCCUCUUCCCCACAUACUGGACCACAACCCCCAGGAGAGACACCCACAACAGAGUCACUCAACAGAGGACCAUCCCACCUCCUACUCCUGCACCAUCACCUCUCUCACCCCCACCAAAGUGUCCUGCACAGCAGCCGGCCUGUCCGCAGGCUCCUACAGACCCAUGGUGACCAUGGCUGGGGCUAGGGCAGUUGUGGGCAACAAGGUGACCUCCACUACCCUGCCCGUGGCCUCUGCCCUAACACCUCAGUCCGGCAGCAUCAACGGAGGUGCGGUGCUGGUGGGGAACAGCUCGGGGUUCAUUCCCGGGUACAUGAUGGUGGUGGUUGGUGGUGCUGAGUGCCCCAUGCUGCAGGAGAGUGCCAACACCAUCUCCUGCCUCCUGCCACCUGGCAUUGAGGGGGAGGCAGCGGUGGUGGUCAGUGUGGCCUGCAGUGAGAAUGUGAUGGCUGCCAAAGCAUUCACCUACGCUGCAGCCGUCACCCCCAUGCUUCUCUCUGUCACGCCCUCUACUGAUGUGGUGAGCAGCACCACCCUCACACUGGAUGGCACUGGCUUCACUCUGUCCGGGGGCAUCCCUGAGGUCACCGUGGGGGGCAAAAGGUGUGGCCUGGUCUCCCCUGCUUCCCCCACCUCCCUCCAGUGCAUCGUCCCAGCACUUGGAGGAGGGAAACAUGAGGUGGUUGUGAGGGAUGCAGUGUAUGGAGACUCCAACAACUUGUCCAUCUCCCUCAUCUUCUCUCUCACCUCACUCACUCCCUCCUCAGGGAGCUUUGGGGGUGCUAGGAUCAUGCUGGCAGGUCAGGGCUUUGACCCGGAUGGCGGCUCCUUGGUGACCUUGUGUGACCUGCCCUGUGACCUUGUGAGCAGUGACAGCACCACAGCCAUAACCUGUGUGGCACCAGCCCUGCCCCACAGUGAGGCGGAUGUGACAUGUGAUGUGGUGGUGAGCAGCCCGAAUGGUUUGUCUGCCAGUCUGCUGGGUGGCUUCACCUACCAACUGGCUCUCACACUCUCCCUCACUGGCCUGGAGCCCCAGCGAGGCGGCACUGCUGGCGGCACCUCCCUCACCCUCACUGGCACUGGCUUUGGGUUGAGCGGCAAUAAGGUCACCAUUGGUGGGUCAGAGUGCAAGGUGACCCAAGAGGGUCCGACCAGCAUCACCUGCAUCACUGAGGCUCACCAAGGGUCGGGUCAAUUCCAGAUCAAGGUCACUGCCCCUGGGAAAGGCUUGGCAGCAGCUCAGAACAAUAGUGGAAUCUUCUCCUACAUCGACCUCUGGAGUUCACCAUUCACUUGGGGCAGCGAACCGCCACCAUCACAGGGGCAGCUGGUGGUGGUGACUCAGGGCAAGACACUGCUGCUGGACCAGUCAACACCAGUGCUGAAGAUGCUGCUCAUCCAGGGCGGCCACGUGGUGUUUGAUGUGGAGACUGUGGAGGAGCUGGUGUUGCGGGCAGAGUAUAUUUUGAUCAUUGGUGGUGGCUCUCUCAGUAUUGGGUCGGAGGAUCAGCCUUUCCCUGGUGAGGCCGUCAUUGAACUGCACAGCAACACACACUCCACCGAGCUGCCCUUGUAUGGUGCCAAGGUGUUGGCGGUGCGUGAUGGGACGCUGGACCUUCAUGGCCGUCACGUCCCCAUCACCUGGACCCACCUGGCACACACGGCCUCCCUUGGGGACACCAACCUCACCCUGUCCCUGCCCGUCACCUUGAGGCAGGGUGACCAGGUUGUUAUUGCCACCACAGAGAACAGGUUCUACAUGAAGGAGAACGAGGUGAGGACCAUCGCAUCAGUCUCUGAGGAUGGCCUGGAGGUCACACUGACAGAGGCACUGGAGCACACCCACCUCUCCGUCACCCAGACUCUCGGGGGACACACAGUGGAGACACGUGCAGAGGUGGGACUCCUCACCCACAAUGUCAAGAUCCAGGGAAAUGUUGGCACCGACUUCAGUGUGGCUAUUGAGGGCUGUGACACUGCUUUUAGGCCUGACCAGCACGCCACCCAGUCAAGUUUCAAUGGUCGACAUGGAGACGAGAUUGGCGGUGACCAAUUUGGCGCCACCGUGAUACUGUCUGGAAAAUUCCCUGACCUGGACUUGGUGAUGGGACGCAUUGAGUACGUGGAGGUGACCAAGACUGGUCAGGCAUUCCAACUUGGGCGGUACCCACUCCACUUCCACCUGGCUGGGGACAUGGGUGGUUCGUACAUCCGCGGGUGCUCCAUCCACCACACCUACAACCACGCAGUGACAAUGCACUCAACAAACAACCUGCUGGUGGAGCAUAAUGUGGCGUACAACAACAUGGGUCACGCUAUCUUCACAGAGGAUGGGGUGGAGCAGAACAGUGUGGUGCAGUACAACCUUGCAGUCUACACCAGGACCUCCUCUUCCCUUCUUAAUGUGGAUGUGACACGCUCCUCAUUCUGGGUGGUGAACCCAAACAACAUUUUCCGUCACAAUGCAGCUGCCAGUGGAACACACUUUGGUUACUGGUACAGGCUGGACCACCACCCCUCGGGCCCAUCCGCCACCAACAUCUACUGCCAGAACACUGAAAAGAUGGGACUCUUCUUCAAUAACACUGCACAUUCCAUGGGAAGGUAUGGUCUGUGGGUGUUCUCCAAUCCAGGAUAUCACCCAAAGUCCAACAUCUGUGGAGGCAGGGACAUGGGGGCCAAGUGGCAAAGCUUCACCGCGUGGCACUGUGAGCGGGGUGCCGAGGCAGUAUCUGGCACUAAGCUGCAGUUCCACAACUUUGUGAUGCUUGAUAACCAACAGGCUGGCAUGGAGAUGGUGUCUGUGAAGGGAGGGUUCGGACAGGAUGACAGUCCUGGCAUCUUCAAUUCCCUGGUGGUGUGUCACUCGGCCCUCAACUCAAGUGCCUGCACCUCAGGAACCAGUGGUAUUGUGGCGCCCAAGACCCAGAUCUUUAGUAUCUCCAAUGUCACAUUUGUUAACUUUGAUGAGGGUGGAAGUGCUGCGCUGUCUGGCUGUUCUCAGUGCAGGAACUACCAGGGAGGCUACAGGGCCCAGGUUAAGGGUCUGGCCUUUGAGAAUUCACCCAACAAGAUCAGGUUUCAGUGGGAACACGAGACAAUCUGGAUAGACGCUGAUGGCUCUCUGACGGGCGAACCGGAGGCGAAUGUUGUUCCCACAAUGGGCAUCUUACCAACUGAUUCCUGCACUCAAGAAGCAGCAUUCUCUGUCACCAAGAAUGUGCCAGGAUCAGUUUGCCGAGGGGCCAUGAAAUUCCUGCGAGUGGCCGUCACCAAUCCGAGCCCUUCCUCACUGCUUGGCAAGGACCUGGUGGUGAGCAACGACUUCGGCGCCACCCACAUCCCUUACCUCAUGCUCCAUUGGUGGUGCUGGCUGGAUGGGGCUUGUCUACACUAGUGCCACCUUUGACUUCAACUUUGAAAAUGCUAAUCAAGGAGGCUCUUUAGUGGCUGGCUACUCCUCAGACACUCCCUUCACCCACAGUCUCAUCAUUCGCCUGAUGGACCCUGAAGAUGUUGAUGCCUAUAGCAUGAACCUGGGCUGGAAAACUAUAG